AUGGCACAGGCUGCUUUGGAGGUCGCUCGGCAGCGAUACCCUACUGCGCCGUGGUUAGAGAAGGCCAGAGGCUCUUCAUAUCAGCCCGCAGAGGACGACAUUAUUAUUGAAACUACUGGGCUACUCGUUGUGGAUGAAUGGAAUCUUAAAGUUAACGUAAUGACAUCAUUUAUUGACUCUGAAAAUCCGUAUGCACUUUGGUUGGAUUCACUUGCAAAAGGUUCCACGGUCGAAGAUGAACUCGUAGUCGAAUACCUUCAUUUCCUUCGACAGAGAGACCACAGAAUAAAAAUAUCAAAUGUUCGUUACAUUAAGGGAGCAGUCAGCGACUUCCAAAACGAGGGACCAGAUUCGGCUACAAUAAUACCUAUUCGAAAUGAGCACGCCUGGAGUUUUGCAGUUGCUUAUCCCGACUGUAUUCAUUAUUAUGGUAAUAAAUCAUAUGCUCCCUCACUAAUCUCCUCAGGCUCAAGGGCUGUACAAUUCAGCUGGACAGGACCUAAAGCACAAAAUGAAGACGAAUCGGCAAUAUAUACGCUACUGGGGAUUCGCCGUAUUCAGGAAGGGAAUACCCAUCUAAGUCAGGAGGCAGCGAAAGAUAUACAACACUCUUUUCGUAUUCGUAUGACAGUUGAACUCCUUUGCGAACAAAUCGAUCCCAAUGAUGAGAAGGUCCGCAAUCUCCCUAGUACUAUACAUAAGCGCCGCUCAGUUAUAGAUAGCGAGUCACGCUUAGCUUUAGAAAGCGUGUCAGAACCACCCGAGGAUGCAAUCAUUGGUUGGGACGAAGAUAGGCAUUCAAGCGAAAUACCUGAUUUUCAAACAACCAGCCCUAACUUUGACACACCCACUCCAACCCACAGCCCUACAUCGACUAGGCAAAGUACUCGAGAGUCUCACAUAACUAAUAAUAGUCCAAUGACGUCUUCCCAAUCUCGCAGUCGUUCUUCGGCUGAGAGAACGACUCGUAGUUCUCUUAUUCCUCGUGCAAGGCCACAUAUUUCGAAUCCAAUCUUUUUCAACGAUCGUAAAGGUAUUCUAGAUCUUCUAUGCACAGCGAUUUCAGUAUACCGCUCUACCGAGGCAUCCAAGGAAAAAAGUUUGCUCAUUCUUUGGCAUUUAAUGAAGAAGAGAUCUGUUCGAAAUGCGCAUUUUGCAAGCCAAUUUCAUGAGAGAUAUAACGCAGUGUUGUUCCGCCAUAAGAUGGAAUCAUUCAACGAUGAUGAUAGCGCACUCCGCUCAGAAAUGAAACACCAAGCAGACGGUAAUUGUAUUAGUAAAAUGAAGAAGAUAUCAUCUCAAUGUGAGUUCUGGAAAGACCUGUGCAAUAUUGGCCAUGAGAAGUGGGGCGAAGGUAAAUUCGUUUUACUUCUCGCUAUCCCGGCGCUGUCGCCCGAUGUAAUUCACCAGAAUAGAAAACACAUACUCUCUGAGUUGCGUAAACGUCUGAUGGAUGCCACAGACCCUCUUGAGUCUUGGCUUUCGAGCGCACGGCAACUUUGCACCAGCAUCAUUCAGCGGUCGCUUCCUGAAGAGACUUUAAUGAUCGAUCUGUAUCAUCUUAAAACGAUCGAAGAUAUAGAUAAUAACACUUAUGCCGCUUAUGUGAGUCUAGAUCCUCACGUAACAAUGCGGCUGGGGCCGACAGUGCCUUAUCAUUUCUCUCAAACAUAA